AUGGAGAAGGAGAAGAAGCUGUCCUUCUCCAUCCCUUCCAAGCUCAGGCCGCCCAAGCCGCCCCGCCCCGCCGCCGGCGCUGAUUCCUCCGCCGCCAGCGGCAACUCCGCUUCCGCGGCCGCUGCCCCCGCCCAGCAAUUCGUCACCGAGUUCGAUCCGUCGCAAACCCUAGCCGCCGGCGCCGCGUCCGCCGUCAUCGCGCCCCUCCCCAACUCCGGCCACUUCCUCAACCACCGCUCCCGCAAACCCUCCUCCCUCCCGACCCCCGAGGAGGAGGCCGCCCUUGCGGCCUCCACCGCCGGUGGCCCCACAUUCGUGCUCGACACCUCCGAGGCCCCCGACAACCCCUCCUCCCACAUAGGGUAUGGCCUCACCCGACGCGGCGCCGACGCCGACGCCGAGGCUGACGCCACGGAGCCGGGUAAGACGCAGUCUUCCAAGGAAUCAGAGAAGAAGCCGACCUCUCCAGCCAGAGAUGGCGGCUCCAGCGGUGACCUUAUGCUGCGACGGUACAAGGAGGACAUGGCCAGCCUCCCUGACCACCGUGGUAUAGAUGAGUUUGAGGAGGUGCCUGUGGAGGGCUUCGGUGCUGCCCUCCUUGCUGGUUACGGCUGGUCGGAAGGCAAAGGGCUCGGCCGCAAUAACAAGGAAGAUACCAAGGUUGUUGAGUAUAACCGCCGUGCCGGUACGCUGGGAUUAGGUUACGACCCUUCUGAGGCAGACCCUAAGAAGACUCGCUCCGGCGACUGGGUUAUUGGUGGAAAGAAGCCGACAGAGAAUGGUGGAAAGAAGUCCGCAGAGAAUGGAAAUGCAAAGAAGAGAGAUAUGGACAAGGAAGACAGAGUCCGGGAGAGGGAUUCAAGUUCCCGACAGAAGAGAUCUGGUGAUCUUAGGGCCGAGAGGGAGGUUCGAGAGAAAGAGAGAAAAUCUCGGGAUAGUCGAGAAGAAAAGAGUAGCCGCGAUGUUGGUAACAAAGUGCGCUGGUUACAGAGCAAUAUUAGGGUUAGAGUGGUUAAUGAGAGGUUCAGCAGAAGGUUGUACCUGCAGAAGGCAAAAAUUGUCGAUGUGGUUGGACCAACGACAUGUGACAUAAUGAUGGAUGACGGGUCAGAGCUUGUGCAGGGGGUGGAGCAGGAUAUGCUUGAAACAGUCCUGCCACGGACAAACGGCCAAGUGCUUGUGCUCUGUGGGAAGCACAAGGGGGUGUAUGGGCAUCUGGUAGAGAAGAAUUCAGAGGCAGAGACUGCAGUAGUGGAGGAUGCGGAUACAAAAGACAUGGUGCGUGUGAAAUAUGAUCAGAUUGCAGAGUACGUUGGGGACCCAGAAUUGCUUGGGCAUUGA